AUGAAGAGAUCAAGAGCUGUUCUCAUCGCUCUCGUCUGUAUUUUGUUCUCCAGGAUCUCUGUAGCAGAAGUGGAGAUGAGGGUCAGACCAGGAGACGACGUGACUCUCUACAGCGACUGUGUUUGGAAGAGUGGAUUUAGUAUAGUUUGGUUUAGAAACUCCUCAUGUGAGCAUCAACCUCCUCUCAUGAUAUCAACUCCAGAUUUGGUACGUGGUGCUGAUCCACGUUACUCUGCUGUGUGGAAUCCCUCCAACCAAACUAAUGAUCUGCUGGUGAAGAACGUCUCUGAUUCAGAUGUGGGUCUGUACUACUGCGCUGUGUAUGAGAAAAACAUCACCAAAGACGAAAAGGGAGUUUUACACUCUGAAGAUAUUUAUCACUACGGGAAAAGAACCACUCGACUCUCUCUCCUUGUUCCUUGUACUGAUCUCCCCCAGAUCCCCUCCACCCCUCCUGUCUCAGACUGUAGCGUCUGCUGGAAGCUGCUGGUCAGUGUGUGUCCUGUGUGUGUUCUCCUCUCCUCCACCUGUCUGUACUGCAUCUACAGACACACAAAGAAAGGUCCUGAAGAUGGAAGAGAACUCCUGUCUGGAACUGUGUUUCAGGUGGGCUGUGUUGAGGAGCAUCAUUGUGAGAGGACUAUGAUUGGAAGUGUCUGUGUUCACACUGAAGUGUGUUACGCAUCUCUGAAAGCUGCACUCAAAUCAGACUAAACACCCCAGGCCCUCUUGUUAAUGUAGGGACUGUCAUAUUUUUAACUGUCAUCUUUUCAUACAAUAAACCUUCAUUAGCCUUUAUGUCAUUAGAUUAUCUGUAAGUGUUUUGAGAGUGUCUACAUUAGCUAAGCAGACCUUGACCUGUAUAAGAAUAACCUGAAGCUAAUAUGUACAUUUUUCUUAAGGAAGCAGACGGGUAGGCGCUUUUUUUGUUAAUAACGCCAUUCAUUUCUUCUGGGUUUGUGGUAGGAAGGGAGAAGAAUGUACAGAAGAUAACUGUACAUUUUAAUCUCUGUUCCAGGAUGUUUAGACACUGUGGGUUAACCUCAAGUAGCCCACUCUAAAGCUGUCAUCUUGCUAUGGAUGUUCUGUUGUGAUCUAAAGGAACAAAAACAGAAAAUAUAAAUGGCAUUUCUUGAAGCUUCA